AUGACCACUGCCCACAAUGGUAUGCACAGCGACAAGGAAGGAAUCCCCCAGAGGGGUGAAGUAGACCAAAAGGACGAAGUGGACGAAGAGGACGAAGCAGCGGGGGCAGCCGAGGCAGAAAGCAUGUCGGACGACUGCCAGUGCGUGAUCCACCCCCUUGGUGACGACACUAUCCUGUUGAGCUCAUUCCUUUAUGAGUAUUUAAUGGACAAUUUUAAGUCCAUCUACUUGAUUAUGAACGCACGUAAAGUGAAAGAUUCCCUUUUGAGUGAUGUAAAGGAGAAGGCCCAAAAAUUGAAGAUGCCUAUACAGGGCUGCGACCAUGGAUCGCAGGGCGAAGGUGUCACAAGAUUACCUCGGUGUGAUAAAACCCUCCAAAUGGUUCGUCAGAUACACCUGGACGGGCUUAUUCUGCUCAGCACUGAUGAAGAAGACGUGGAGUAUAAUCACAACUUGGUUAGAGUAGGAGUCGACCUGCAUCUAGACAGUGGCGUCGCCACGGUGAUUUCGAACGAAUGCACUCUCAUCAGCAGGAAGUGGAACUACGACCUUGACGGGAUUGUCACGGGGGAGGGCCAGAUGGGGGAUAUUCACCCGAAGGAAGAACAAGGGAAGGGGCCAAACAGGGCAGGACACCCAAACGGGGAAGUUCAGCCAAAUGAGGCAGAGACAUCGAAGGAGGUUGCCACGCGAGCCCCCCCUGCGGCAAGGCGAAACCAACUCAAAGUGCUGCUCAGAAGAAACGCAAUCAACCCCAUCAACGCCCCCAUCACGCAGGGCGAACAACGCAAGAUCGUCAACCAGGUGCUGAGCGCCAUCAAGCUGCACUCGAUAAGUGGAAAAACUCACUUGGAGGAAAAAAAAAAAAAAAUCCUAUUCCAAAAUUUUCACGAAUGGUGUUGUCCCCGCUCCCCAGAGGCAAAUGACAUACAAAGGGCACUACACCGGAUCAAUGCCUUCCUCUUCGCUCUGUUCGAACCCCAGUUUUAUAACUCCACUUUGAAAAAGAGCAGCUCCAUAUGGUACAAAGAAUUGUAUGAUCAAUAUCAUGACAUCAUGAUAAAAUCGAGGCACAUAAAAUUGAAUGAAGAGGUUGUAGAGUACCUCCUUCUCGAUUCGGUUUUCCUUCCAAGUUAUGUCAAACGUAAUACGCUACGGGCUGUACAGGAAGAGGACAAUGAGUACUCUUCGUUCGAUUCCUACUCGGAGGGAUCAUCGGCAGAGUCAGAGGAAGAUACCCAGUCAGAAAUGAAGAGUGAACACAUGGGUUGCCACACCGGCAUAGAAGAAGCGACUCAUUUGAGAUGCCACAAGAACGAUCUAACUCACGAUUACAUCCCCGAUGACAAGUGUGAAAAACGAAAACGAGAGAACAUUUUCAAAAGCGAGCAGUUUCGAAGCCAACUGGAGGAGAUACAAGAAGCCAUCGAGGAACUAAACGGAAGUGUCUUCCUGCGAUUGAAUUACAAAAAUUUGAGGAAGGGAUCAUUCGUCAACAAUUUCAACCUAGAGGUCAACACUCUAUAUGAUGCCCUGCUAAUGCUAAAAAGCUGCACAGAUGUCUACAAAACGUUGAAGCGAGAGCAAACGAAGAGAGAGAACUACCUCAUUCUCUCAAAGUACGUAAAUCUCAACCUAUGCUUCCUCUUCGAUGUGUACGUUUAUUGCAACAGGGUAGUGGCCGUGUCUCAAAAAUGCCUCAAUUAUUACUUCGACUUUCUGUCCAAAUCGGAUGUAAUUGAAGAAAUCAUACAAACCAUAAGGAUCUUCUUCAAAAAACACAUUAAGGACACCUUCCCCCAGGACCACUACAUUUUGCAGUUAUAUAUCCACACCUUUCAAAAAACUAAGAAGAAAAAAGUUCUCCUCAUAAAUGCCAAAAGCUGGCUCUUUAAAAAUAAACAUCCUCUUUUUACGAACAAAUUUUUCACUAACUAUUUGUUCACCGAUGGGGCGGAUGCCCCAGGAGAUGAGGAUACACAUCAGGGGCACCCCCAUGGGGGCGGCGUCUACAAAAUUAAUGCUUCCUCCUUUGCAGUAGAAUCUGUAACGGUUCUUAAAAGGGGAAGCGGCGAGGUCCACAUAGCGACCACCACAAAGGAGCGUUCACACAAUUUCACGCAGGAAAAGGAGGGGGAAAACCAAGCCGGUACUGCCAAAGAGGAAUCCCACUUUGAUCUGUACGUUUGUAAUGGCGUCCUCUACUACUGCAUUACGAAGGAUGAGGCGAUCUACAAGAAGAACGCGAAUUUGUACCCGAAGGACUUAAACUACGUCAAGGAGGGCGAAAUCGACAUAGACAGUCUGCUGCAGACGAUAAAAAUGCAAAACGACGGCGCCAGGCGAGAAGACAGUGAUGCUCGCUAA